UCCCAUCUCUGUGAUUGAGGCCUUCACACCUGCAGCUAACGAUCCUGACAGGUAAACACACCCAUUCAUCUGAAACCACCUGGGACUCUGCCCAGGUACGCACACACACACACACACACACACACACACACACAGGGACCAAACUCUGUGCAAAGAUGUGUCCUUUUUACCGAGAAUCAUCUGAGACUGAAGUUUGUUUUCCUCCGUCUUCUCGGUCAAAAGUUUCUGCCCUUUUCCUGCUGUGAAAAACCCAGAAUCCUGACCGAGGACUCUCCGUGGUGCGCAUGCGCGGCGUUGCUACGCUCUGCUGCACAGAAACAGAAACAGAACACAGCUUCUGCAGCUCUGCUGUAAACAACCGAGAUUUUUUUUAGGAUUCUGGAGGUCCGGCACGUGCAUCGCGAUGACGUCACGCAGCUUCUCUAGGCAGCAGUGGGCGGCGGCUCACAGCGCUCUACAGCGCCUCCUUCAGGAGGAGGUCCCCAGCGAGCGCCAGUUGGGGGCGGGGCCUAAGUUGGGGGCGGGGCAUGAGUUGGGGGCGGGGCAUGAGUUGGGGGUCCUGUACCUGAAGUACCUGCAGAUCUUCCGGCGGCUGGAGGGUCUGUACGAGCAGCUGGUGCAGCCCCAGCGGCGCCGGGCGGUCCGGAUGGUUCUGGACGGGAUCACGGGCCGGCUCCUGGAGCUCCGGACCCAGAUGGUCUCGCUGCAGCUCUCCGAGUUCCACUACUUUGAUGAUCUGCUGCUGGACCUCAAGAUGACUCCGAGAGAUCUGGAGAUCCCCGUCCCUCGAUACUUCCUGAGAGAGAAGAAUCAGCUGCAGAAGAAGUUCGCCCACAUCCUGGAAGCACAGCGAGCCAAACACACAGCGAGCUGCGUGCCGCCGAUGAGUCUGGAGGAGGCGGUGCUUCUCCUGCAGGUGUCUGAGCGGGCUCGGCAGGGACGAAUCAGAGCCCAGUACAUGAAGGAGCUCGUCCAAUCAGAGAGAGGCGUCCUCAGAAACACCUGGAAACCCCCAAAACUGACCCCCCAUCAGGCCGCCGUCACGGUCCAGAAGGUGUGGAGAGGAUACCGUCAGAGGAAACAGACCGUCAGACACAGAACAGAGGAGAUGAGGUUUCUGGGAAUGAUCCCAGCGGAGCCUCCUGGUCCCGGUCCCGCCCGUCUCCGGGCCCGGCGUGCGUCACCCAGUCUGAGUCUGGUCCAGGACCAGGAGGAGGAGGAGUUCCAGAGAGGUCUGGUCCAGGACCAGGAGGAGGAGGAGUACCAGAGAGCUCGGCUCCGUGUGAAGCGGUCUCUCCUGGACGUGGAGGGAACGGAGAUCAGGGAGACGCUCCAGGAUCAGAUCCGACAGUGGUUCCUCGAGUGCAGAGGAGCUACGGGGAAGUUUCCAGAGUUUCCUGACGGAGAAGACGGAGGAUCAGCGUCUCUGUUCUCCCAAAAAACACCUGAACAGGUAGCAGCGGAGCUGGCAGCGAGAGAGGAGGAGAGACAGAGGAAGAAAGAGAGGAAGAAAGAGAGAGAGAAAGAGAAGACAGGAAAAAUGAAGAAAAAGAAGAAAAAGAAAGCAAAGACAGAGGAAGACUGGAGUCGCAGCCGUUUCCUCCCUGACGUCGUUAAAGGAGACCAAAUCUUCACCGAUGUGUGGCGUUGCCGUGACGACCGGCAGCAGCGCGUCGACCUGCAGCUGCUCCGAGAGGAGAUGAGACAGGAAGUGGAACAGGAAGUCAGGCUUCAGGUGGAUGAUCUGAUGAGGGCGGAGCUUAAAAACCUCAAACUGGUCGUGGACAAAACCAAGGAGAAGAAGACCAAGACAGGAAACAGAAAGAAAAAGAAGAAAACCAAGAAAAAGAAGAAGAGAGACCUGACAGCAGACAGGUCUCUGCAGUCUCUGUGUGAAGAGUUGAUUCUGGAAGGUUUCCUCAUCCAACCAAUGAACAUCAAGCUUUCAGACUACAUCGGUGAGUUCAGCUUCCUGGCCUCUACUCUCCGGCAGCUGAACGUUGAACCGACGCCGUCUCUCUCCGACAUCCGGCAGCUCGUCACUCUCUACGCCGUCCUGCCGCUCGGCUCCCCGGCUGUUUGGGAGAAGUUCCCGGUGAUGAACACUCUGCUUCUGGCCGGUCCGUCUGGAGUGGGGAAGAAGAUGUUGGUGCACGCCGUCUGCAGCGAGACCGGCGCGCACCUGUUCCACCUAAACCCCGCCCACCGGAGUCCUGACCACCUAAGCCCCGCCCACUUGCUGCACCGCAUCUUCAAGGUAGCAGGUGAGCUGCAGCCCUCUGUGAUCUGGAUCGAAGACGCAGAGAAAACCUUCUGCAAGAAAACUCCAAAAAGUGACAGAAAGUGUGGUCCUCAGAGGUUCAGGAAAGAUCUUCUGAAGUCUCUGAAGUCUCUGACUCGUCAGGAUCGAGUCCUGGUGAUCGGGACGACUCGCCGGCCGUUUGACGCCGACGUUAAACCGUUCUGUACCGUCUACGAGAAGAUCCUCCUGAUCCCCAAACCGGACUACUCCUCCAGACUCGCGCUGUGGAGGGCGCUGCUGCGUGCAGAGGGGGCGGAGCCAGCUGCGUCUCUGGACCUCAGCUCAUUGGCUAAGAUCACGGACGGCUUCACGGCGGGUCACAUCCUGCAGGCGGUCCGCUCGGUGCUGCGGCCCCGCCGGCUGCAGACGCUCGCCGUCCGGCCGCUGGCCGCCGCCGAGUUCAUCCAACCGCUGGCCAGGAUGGAGCCGGUGUACAGCGCCGAGGAACACGCCUUCAAGGUUUGGUUCUGCAAGACACCGCUCAGCCGCCGGAAGGCACGAGCUGCCAAAACCACCACCGAAGAAGAAGAAGGAGGGAAAGAAGGGAAGAAGAAGAAGAGCAAAGAAGACAAAAAAAAGACGAUGAAAAAGAAGAAAAACAUUUAAUAAUGAA